AUGAAUUUGUCCAACGUCCAGCCGUCAACCUCAGGUUCCAGUCUUAUUCCUGAUGGUUUUUCUGAAGCUUCAUCAAGUGUCAUGGGAACCAAUAGAAAAUACAGUAAGCGUUCUCAUUUCCUCUCCGCCGAUGAAUAUGCACUAUAUGUACAAGAGUUGAUUCAUCGAGGAAUGCUGGUCAGGAGUUGUCAAGCUUAUGACGAAGUCAAACCAGGAGACUUGGGCCUGGUCUCUAAAGUGAGCGUGGAAGGCCUUCAUGAUCUGAGUGUUGAGGUUAAAUGGUACAACCAGGGCUUCAGCAACUGGGUCCCUUUCAUCUUCCUGGAGCUGGUGGCCGAUGCGAAGUCGUCGGCUGCCAAAGCGGCGGCGGCCGAGUUUAUCGAUCGGUACGGCGUUCGCAGCGGCGGCGGCGCUCUGGGGCGCGAAUUGAAGGUCGGAGACAGGGUCAGGGUCAGGAUGAGUGUCGUCACGCCGAGAUACAAGUGGGGAUGCGUUGAUCAUUCCAGUGUCGGAGUCAUCACACAAAUUACUCGAGAAACUGGUGAUGUAACAGUGAAUUUCCGAGAGCAGUCAAACUGGGCUGGACAACUUAGCGAAAUGGAGCUGGUGCCACCUUCUUCGGAUACUAAAAGUCGACGUAGAACAAUAGAUCUACUUGCAGAAAGCGAGAGCAAUACUGGAACAGCUGUAGCAGGUCAAAUCUUGGAAGAAUGGUCAGAAUGUGUCCGAUCUUUGGCUGUAUCAUCUGGUGAGAGUUUGAAGAAUAAAUUGCUGGACGAUACGACCGCCUACUGGCAAAGCAAUUCUUCAACGUCUGGAAAUCAUUUCAUCCGUUUGGAAAUCGUGGAGUACGUCGUAGUUCACAAAUUAUUCAUGACUGUAAAUCCACAAGAUUUGAACUACAUGCCCUACACAAUAGUCGUUCGAGGAGGCGACAAUUUCGUAUCGAUGGCUAAAUUGAAUUAUUUAACAACCAGAUCUAACGAUUCCAGGAUUGUUCUUCUAUCGGACGUCCAGGCCUACUAUCGCUGCAUCGAGAUCUACAUCAAGCAGGUCAGGGGCGGAGGCAUCGACUGUCGGGUUCAAAAUAUUAAAUUCCUGGGAAAAAGAUUGAAGAGAUUGCAGGAUCCUUCCACGUCGGCCUCUGCUGCUGCUCUUGCUGGCAUCGAAAAUGGUGAUCAAAUGGACACAGUGCCCAUGAACAACGAAUUCCAAUUUAUGGCAACCGAUUACAAUGAUAGUUUUUGCGAGGAUUUGAAUUUUGUGGCUGGAAGUAAUGGAGCUGGAGGCAUGAACGGGGAUGGUGUUGAUUAUGGGAGCGAUGGGAAUCAGGUUUUGGUGUGGGGUUUAAAUGACAAAGACCAACUUGGUGGUUUAAAAGGUUCCAAAGUUAAACUACCAGUACUCUCAGGCUAUCUGACUGCACUGAAACCUAUUUACAUUGUCGGAGGCUCUAAAUCUCUAUUUGUCAUAUCUCAACACGGAAAGCUUUAUGCUUGUGGAGAAGGCACAAAUGGUCGUCUUGGUAUGGGUCAUACAAAUAACGUAUGUCAACCACGACCAGUACCAUUUUUAGCUCAACAUGUCAUCAGGAAAGUGGCUGUGCAUUCUGGUGGGAAACAUGCUAUGGCUUUGACUCUCGAUGGAAAGGUAUUUUCCUGGGGAGAAGGCGAGGAUGGAAAAUUGGGGCAUGGAAACAGAUUGACUUUGGAGAAGCCACGUUUGAUUGAAUCGUUGAAGAAUAAAAGAAUCCGUGACAUUGCCUGUGGAUCAUCACAUAGUGCUGCAAUAACGAGCAGUGGUGAAUUGUACACGUGGGGUCUUGGAGAAUAUGGUCGUCUCGGACAUGGUGACAAUUGCACACAAGUUAAACCCAAAUUGGUGAAAGCUUUAUCUGGUCACCGUGUGGUGCAAAUUGCUUGUGGCAGCAGAGAUGCACAAACUUUGUGCCUGACCGAUCAAGGUCUUGUGUUUUCCUGGGGUGAUGGAGAUUUUGGUAAACUCGGCCGUGGAGGUUCUGAAGGAUGUUCUGUGCCUAAAUGUGUGGAACGUCUCACAGGUUUGGGUGUCCGGAGAUUGGAAUGUGGGGCCCAGUUUAGUUUGGCACUCACCGAUAAAGGAGAGGUUUGGACAUGGGGCAAAGGUGAUUACUAUCGAUUGGGCCAUGGGACUGAUCAGCAUGUCAGGAGACCUACUUUAGUGCAGGCGCUUAAAGGAAAACGUGUUAUAGAUGUUGCAGUUGGUGCUUUGCAUUGUUUGGCAGUCACGGAUACUGGAGAGUUACAACAGACAUAA